CAUCUUUUUCCUCUGGUUCUACAUACUUCAAAGCGCAUUCCAUUUCAUCCUUAUCUCCAACUACUUCGGGGUAGGAUUUGGGUUUAUCUUCCUCCAUUUCCGGGUUGUUUUGUGGGUCAUCCUCCACUUCAUUGAUCUGUUCCUCUGAUUUCCUUCCAGGAUCAUGAGACGAGCAAGCUUCAUUUGCCUUUUCCGGCGUUGGAUUCAGUUUUUCCUGUGUAAUUCUAGGGUUAUUCUUCGGUCUUCCUCUCUUCGCCAUGGCUAGAGAGAGAAAGUCCUGUUAUGCAAUACAUCAAAGUUACUAUUUGUUUUGCUUCAUUUUUAUUUAUAAUCACUUUAGUUUAUGUUUUUAGAUUCGAGCAGGAGAUAUGGUUAAGUUGAAAUCUUUUUCAUACAAAGAUUUUGAGUCAAAGAUAAAGGAUAAAGAUGUCCUUGAUCUUUUGGUUGAUGGUCCAGUUGUAGGGGUACUGGAGAGCACCACACAGUUGUCUUCUUUGUCUUCUAAGGAAAUUUACGUCCCCCCAGCAUUAAGAAAUUGGGUACGGCACUGUGUGCUUAUCACCAAAUACGGAGAGGAUGUUGGCUCGGGCUUGCCGUAUUGGUACUGCAGGGAGUCUAGGGGGCAGAAGCAUGCUGACAAAGGAUAUAUCAAAGUUUUGAAACAGAAAAAUUUGAAUGAUAAAUCAGCUUUUCUUGAAAUCUGGUCCCCAAAGGAAGUGUUUGUGGAAUCAGUAAUGAAAAGAGGCCAAUGACUACACUGUUCUUCAUCAACCUAUCUAUUUCACAUUGUCAAUUUGAUGGUCACAUAUGUACUUUGGACAUGUUGAAUGUCAUGCAUUUCAACUCAAGUUCAUUCUAAGUUUGACCGGCGUAUUUGGAUCAUGUUGAAGGUCAUUAGGUCAAUGUUCAUUUACCAGAAUUUCAUUUAAAAUUUGUGACAUAUAUUGAAUUUUUUGACCUGAUUCAGAUAUGAGAGAAUUAGAGCAUGUUUUCUUA